AUGACACCAGAGGUCAUAUCAGUUGACCUCGAGUCAGGAAUAACAGGACACCGUCAGGCCAAAAGGGAAUUCCACAAAGGCAACCCUAAACCACAGACAAACAACAAGGCUUUGUGUCAUUUGGACGCGACCCUGUGUUUAAAUAAGCCCGCUGGACUUUCUCCUCCUGCAGAGAGAGCUCCUCACACUCUAAGCGACGGCGCUCGCUCUGCUCUGUUGAGGUCAAAGGACCCUGAGGAGCUACCGCUUCAGCAGAGUGCGAGCUUGAUCUCUGGAACGCAUUCGGAUACGUCAGCCAGGAGGGCACAUUACUACGUGCUGCAGAGUGCUGGAUCCGUGAGGAAACGUCUUCUCGGCCAAUUUCUGGUUGUUCGUCCCGCGAAGACACAACGGAGCAAUUGUGUGUCCAUAUUUGACCUGAGAAGAAAGCAUUUUGUGUGCCUGGACUCCGAGGGGGAGCCGUACAGCUUUAGGCCAAAUAACUGGAGCGACUGUCUCUUCUGCCGAAUUGGCUUCAUCGGUGCCAAACAGAGCAGUGCCAUUUACUCUCCAAAAACAAGUCUGCUUGUACUCUCUCACCCUGGGUCAUCGGGGCUGUCCUCCGUCUCGCCAAUGCGCUUCCUGGCUCGCUUGGUGACGAGACAGAGGAGGAGCGAGGAGGUGAACCCGUCAGACCCGUUAAGGUCCGAGUCGCAUCCCUCUCAUUCCGUCAAGGAGCACAAAGAUUCAGAUCACGGCCAGCCGGAACCGGACCAGACGGGAGCCGUGUCAAAGGAGACCAUCACCUCCAGUGACGAUGACCCCUUAAAGGUCUUACAUCCAAACGGGCCUGUGAGUCCAGUCAAGACCAACAUAGCGGACCGAGCGGAACAAGACUGACGUCAUCAACUUGGGCAAUUGUGGUUUAAAGUUAAAAAACGUACACUGGAAGAUCUAAGAGUGAACAAGGUCUGUUCCCGAAGAUGGUCAAAACUAUUUUUUCCCCAUCGAAAAUAAUAACAUAAAACCUUUUCAGAUUUUUUUUUAUGUUGUCAAUUAUAAAUGACGAAGAUGCGCUCCAUGCAUCUCACCUCUUCUUGUAACAGAAGUAUAAAAAGGAGUUCACCAUUUUAAAUGAAAAAAAAAAAAAAAGCAAGCGCUGUCUAUGUUGACACUGGAGUCUUCUAACGGGACUUCAUGUCGAGUCCCCUCCACAAGUAUGGGAACGGCAAGGUCAAUUUGUUUGUUUUUGUCUUUUACGGAAGAGUUUCAGAUGGAAAGAUGAAUCGGAAACCAAAGUUCCGUUUUCCUGCUUCUAUUUCUCGGUGUUAACAUCAAGAUGUGCGAAACAGGAACAUGACACGAGCGAUUUUUGUAUGAAGCCACCCAUUCAAUUUUAAAGUUGAUGAAACCGUUUUAUCUGGCAAUACAUGUAUCCAACCUUAUCAGGCGAAGCGUCAUCAUUCAACAAGAUAAUGCAGACUGCCAACACAGCAAAGACGUCAUCAGGGGAAAAAAGUGGAAGGUCUUAGACUGGCCAAGUCAAUCGGCGGACUUUAACCGAGUCGAGCCUUUGCAAUUUUGCCUGCUGAAAAGGAGAGCGAAUGGAGAAAGUCUCAGAAAUAAACAAGAACCGAAAGAAGCUCGAGAAAAGGCCCGGCAAAUCAUUUCAAAUGAAGAAUGCAUCAUUUUGGAGGGGACCGCGUAUUCUGUUGUUGUUUUUGUCGUGACACCCAUUGAUCCAGGCUGGUCCUUCUUUUGGAGCUAUUUUUUUUACAUUCACUGAACUGAAGUCUUGUGAGAUAAGUGAAGAUCUUGGUUCGCAAGGCAUAUUUUUGCCCAAAAAUGGAGGUAGACUUUCAAAUGAUGUCAAGGCACUCACACAACCCACUAUCAUCCCUUUGCAAACUGCUCCUACUGUUACAGGAGCAAGGAAGCAUUUCCUGUUGCGGGACCGAUGCCAUUUUCCCAAAUGCAGGACUGGAAUGAAAAUCUUGCCGCAACAGAAUGUGUUACCUCACUACCGUGGUUAGUUUGGAAACACUGGAUGGCAUCAUGAGAGGCAGGUUAGGUUCAGUGCACAGUUCAGUGCACAGUGUCCUUGAACCUUUGUUUUCAGUUAAACAUCAACCCUCGUGCGAGAUGCGGCAAAAGUUUGUUGCGCAUUUGGGAAACGCAUCAUCACUGUGAGCAAUUUCGCCUAUUUGUAAAUGUGUUGGUUUUUGAAAUGCUUCAUUUUUAAUUCAGCGUAAUUGGCCUUUGCGUUUGCAACCUUUCAUAUCAGGUGCCGGACACCGAGUUGUACAAAUGAUAAAGGUAUUUAUUUAUUGGAAAAUGGAAGCGGAUGUUGUAACACUUUGUCCCUGCUGAAUGUUUCGGUUGCUGUGGCUCCUUUAUGAUUUGCAUCUAUGUAGGCUGGUUGAUGUCUCAAAGUUUUUAAAUUUGGAUUACUCGAUGUCACGUUUUCUCCCAAUCAGAGUGUCAGCUCUUUUCUGUGUUUUCUGGCCUUGUGGCCGCCCUUGGCCUCUGUGUGGACCCCGGGAUGGCCGCUGGACUGGCUCUGCCAAGAACCUCUUGUCUGGGCUCCGCCACGCCCGCCCGAUUGGUCCCGCCAAGAAUCUCUCAUCUGGCUUCCUGACCGGCCACUGGAUAGGUCCCGCCAAGAACCUGUCUCACUGCUGGCAGGACAGGCAUCGGAUUGGUCCUGUCAAGAACUUAUCGUGUUGCCUUCCUAGAACUUUAUUUGAUUUUGGUUUUGAUUUAGUAGUUUCAUGUUUUCCUAAUGUUUUUUGUUUGUUUGUGUGCGUGUCGUUAGGUUGUUGUGCCCACCUGUACGCCCACCUGUACUGACACUGUUUUGUCCACGUGUUCCUCGUUGACUUGUUUGUUUCAUCUUUGUUGGUUCAUUGUCUUAUUUGUCACGUCUAACUGCUGUUUGCUGUCGCAGUUCAAGUCAAGCUAGUUUGCUAGUAUUUCUGUAGUGACUUUGAUGUUUGGUUACUUGGAUUCUUGUUGUUUUAGACUUCUGUGUAUUUAUUGUUUAGACCUCGUUUAUCUUUUAUUCAUUUGCAGUCUAAUCUUUGACACGGAAUAUGAACUUCCACCAGGUUUUGCUUCACAAGCGGAGUCGAUCACCGGGUGGUGCCCCUGUUGUCAACGUUUCUUCCUCCUUAAAUUAAUCUUUCAGUUGCUAUGCAGUUGCUGUGACUCUUUUAUGCUUUGUAUCUUUAUUAUGUCAUACAGGCUUGAUGUCUCAGAGUAUACACUUGGAUUACUCGAUGAUCUGUCAGCACAUCAAUCUUUCACCGAAAAGUAAAUUUCUCAGAUUGUUACUUGA